AUGUCGUUCAUGGGAGGUGCCGAGUGCUCGACCGCCGGCAACCCCCUGAGCCAGUUCGCCAAGCAUACACAAGAUGACAACAGCCUCCAGAGAGACCGCCUACGCAAUGGCACGCCCCAAGGCGGAAUGGGCGGCUUCCGCAGCGCUGCCCAGCACGGCCCCCAGGACGAGAUGAUGAACGCCUUCAUGCAGCAAAAUGGCCAGCUCCCCAGCAUGCCCGCCGAGGGCAUGAACCAGAUCCGCCUCGACCACCCUUCGCAAGGCGUCCACAUGCGUGCCAACAACGCCUCCCCCGCCUGGGCCGCCGAGUUCCAACACAACCCCCAGGCUGCCAUGGAGGCAGCCUUCAAGGUGCCCCAAGGCACCCAGUUCAGCCCCGACGACUACGCCAAGUUCCAGCAGAUGAGUGCCCACCAGGCCACCUCGUCGAGAGCCAGCCCCAUGCCGACGGCCAUGGGCCUCCAGAACCCCAUGAUGGGCAGCUACGGCGGCAUGAUGGGCAUGGGCUACGGCGGCAUGGGCGGCGGAAUGUAUGCCCAGCAGCCCAUGUUCCACCGGCAGCACUCGCACCACCAGCAGAUGGACGAGGGCAAGGGCAAAGGCAAGCUCGUCGAGCUCGACGACAAGCAGUGGGAGGAGCAGUUCAAGCAGCUCGAGCUGCAGGACAAGCAGCAGGACCUCGACGCCGAGGCCGCGCGCGCCAUGGAGCCCGAGCUCAACAAGAUGGACGAGCAGCUGCACGACAGCGAGACCAACUAUGGCGAUCUCGACUCGAUAUGGAAGGGCAUCCAGGCCGAGCGGGCCGCCGCACAGGAGGUGCUCGAUGAGGACGAGUGGGUGGACCAGUUUGAGAACCAGGAGUGGGCAAACGGCAUGAACUGGGACGGCCUGACCACCAACAACCGGCUGAUCGGCGACCCGCAGGUCGACAACUACCUGUUUGAGGAGGACAACCUAUUCAAGGACAUGACGAACCCGUUCGAGGAGGGUCUGCGGAUAGUCGAGGAGGGCGGCAACCUCUCACUCGCGGCACUCGCCUUCGAGGCCGCGGUGCAGAAGGAGCCCUCGCACGUAGAGGCCUGGGUGCAGCUGGGUACGGUCCAAGCACAGAACGAGAAGGAGACGGCGGCCAUCCGGGCGCUGGAACAGGCGAGGCAGCUCGACCCCAACAACAGCGAGGCCCUGAUGACUCUGGCAGUCUCUUACACGAAUGAGGGCUACGACAGCACUGCGUACAGGACACUAGAGCGCUGGCUGUCGGUCAGAUAUCCUUCAAUCGUAUCCCCAGCGGACCUGACGCCGGCCAACGAGCUCGGCUUCACGGAACGGCAGGUGCUGCACGACAAGGUCACAAAGCUCUUCAUCGAAGCCGCCCGGCUGAGCCCGGAUGGCGAGCACAUGGACCCGGACGUCCAGGUCGGCCUAGGCGUUCUGUUCUACGGCGCCGAGGAGUACGAGAAGGCGGUCGACUGCUUCUCGGCGGCGCUGGCCUCGUCCGAGCUCGGCGCCGUCAACAAGCGCAGUCAGAUCCACCUCCUGUGGAACCGGCUCGGCGCGACGCUCGCCAACAGCGGCAAGAGCGAGGACGCCAUCGCGGCCUACGAAAAGGCCCUGACCCUGCGGCCCAACUUUGUGCGCGCCAGGUACAACCUCGGCGUGAGCUGCAUCAACAUGGGCUGCCACCAGGAGGCCGCGGGCCACCUGCUCGCGGCGCUCAACAUGCACAAGAUGGUGGAGAAGGAGGGCCGCGAGAAGGCCCGCGAGCUCCUCGGCGGCGACGUGAGCGACGCCCAGCUCGACUCGAUGAUGGCCCAGAACCGCAGCACCAACCUGUACGAGACGCUGCGGCGCGUGUUUGGCGGCAUGGGCAGGCGCGACCUCGCCGACAAGGUCGUCACGGGCGUCGACCCGGAGAUCUUCCGGGGCGAUGUCGAGUUCUAG